AUGUCCUCUUCCGACGAGCCACAGUCGAUAAAAGCGCUCUACGCCUCGGCCGAGUCGUCGCGCGCCGCCCUCGAAGCGCACCCGGACCCGCGCUCCCCCGCCUUCUCCGCGGCCCUCGCCGCCACGCUCGCGCUGUACGCGCGGUGCCGGGACCAAAUCGCCGCCGCGUCGCUCUUCUCCCCCAACGAGUCGGUCGAGGACGUCGCCACGUCGGCCCUGCCGUACAUACUCCUCGACCUGCGCCUCGCCGACGUCGUCCAGCGCAUGCCGUACGUCGACCCGCCGCAGCGGAAGCUCGUGGUGCGCCGCGCGCGCGCGGCCUACGAGUCCUUUCUCGCCCUCGUCGACAGCUACGGCCUCGUCGCGGGGCGCCACGCCAAGCUCCUCGAGCGCUACCGCGACGAUCCGGAGGCGUUUGCGGUCGUGGCGGCGAGCGGCGGCGACAUGGCGGCGAAGAGGGACGCCAAGAUUGCGGCGUUCAAAGCAGAAAAGGAGCUCAAGACAAAGCUGGAGAUUCUGAGGAGCGAUCCACGGUAUGUGGAGGAUGGCGGCGGCGACGAGGACAUAGUCAGGGACGCGCAUCUGGCGGCGGUGGAAUUCGGCGUGCAUGCCGCGCUGCAGGGCCUCGAGUCGCUGAACCGCGAAAUGGAGAUGCUCGCCAUGGCGCCGGAGCGUCCUGCUGCCCACGACCCGGCGCCCGGCGCGGAUGACUCGAGCACGCGCCGCCGCGACCUCGAGGAUGACACGACUUGGCGGCUCGACACGCCGCUGCGGCGCUCCGGCGUCGGCAAGGGCGGCCCGCUGCUGUCGGCCCAGGGCAAGCCGCUGCAGCCGUUUACGCUCGUGGGCGGCCGCGCGGACCUGCGCGACGGCGUCUUCCGCAGCGGCCACAAUCUCCCGACCAUGUCCAUCGACGAGUACCUCGAGGAGGAGCGGCGGCGCGGCAACAUCCUCUCGGGCGGGACCGACCCCGAGAAGCCAGAGCUCGACGAAGACGACAUCGAGGCCGUGGACCGCGCCACGUACAAGGCGCGCGAGUGGGAUGACUUUACCGACGAUAACCCCCGCGGCGCUGGCAACACGAUGAACAUGGGUUGA